AUGCUCGGACGAACUUCAGGGCCUGCAGCAAGGUCUGCCAGACAGCAAUUGCGAGGCAAGGCUCGCUUGAUCAACUCUCGCUUUCAAUCCACGACUUCCAAUGCAGCUUCUAGCGGUACCAAUUCCGCGUUGAUCGGCGGUCUUGCUGGUGGAGGUGUCGCAUUCAUUGCGGGUUACAGCUGGUACCACUUCUCCGGCAUCAAGACAGUCGUCAACACCAGCAAGCAGACACAAGCCUACAUCGACCAGGCCAAGCAGACCAUUGCCCAGAAGACACCGGAGCCAAACGAGGCAUUCAACUGGCUAAGGGAUACGAGCAAAAGCUAUGCUGUUUUCAUCCCUGGCGCGCGCGGCUACAUCGACACCGCAUUUGACGACCUCGACACCAUCAGAAACGACCACGGGAAGGAAUUCGACGAGGUGGUGAAAAAUGCAUAUACCGAGUUGAGCGACCUCUCUAAGAAAGAAGGAUUGAACAUGGACUCGGCAUUCAAGGCAAUGAGCGUGCUGCAGAAGCACUUGAAGCAGCUGUAUGAUAUUGCCGGCGACGCGGCGGAGAAUGUCCUCGACAAUCACCCGCAAAUUAAGGACAAAAUCGGGGGUAGCUUUGGCCAGCUAAAGGAGCUUGGUGAUGCUUAUGGGCCGCAAGCCAAGGAGGAGGUCAAUCGGACCUGGCAACAAAUCUCUAGCAUUGUGCAGCGCGGCGCAAGUACCGAGUCCAUCGAAGAGAUCAAGAAGUUGAUCCAAGAGAAGAAGACAAAGCUUGAAAAGCUAGGGGAUGAGACAUGGCAGAAGGGGUUUGAAGAAGCCCAGCAAUACCUUGAUAAGAGCCCCAAGCUCAAGAAACUGGUUGAAGAAAAUGCGGACACCUUGAAAAAGGGAAAUUCGCAAGAUCUAUGGGCUCUCGUUAAGGACAGCGCUUCUUCAGGGAAGAUAGAUGAUGCAGAGAAAUAUAUCAAGGAGAAGGUUGGUCAAGCAAAGGAAAGCGGCUUCGGUGACCUGGACAAGUGGUUGAAUAUGGUGCCUGGUGGUUCCAAUGUCAUUCCUCAGUUGCAGUCACUACAGACUAUCGCGCAAAAUAAGGGAAGCGAGGCAGAAACUGUGUUGAAAGAGACCGUUGAGGAACUGCAGACUGUGCUGAAGAAGCGAAAGGAGCAGGUGGAGAAGCUUGCAAAGGAAGGAAAAGAAGAAAGCAAAUAA